CAAACAAAAAUGUAUAGGAAAUAACACAAUUUAUUCAUCAAAAUAACCACCCUCACAUGAAACAAGUUUAUAAAUUCCAUUUUUAUAAAAGUCGCAAUCUUCAGAGUUGAAAAACUUCUCUAACUCAGUUUCCAUAGCCUCUAUUUCUGAACUGUCAAUUUCGUAGAUGAUUAUCUAGGCUUAAAAAUAAGUGAUAGUCAGAAGGGCUUAUGUCAGAGGAGGAAUAAGGAGGGUGCAAAAGAGGUUCCCAUUCAAGGGUCUGAAUUGUGUCAGAGGUCACAUGUGUGACAUGAGGCCUAUAGCAUUAUCGUGUAUGAAAAGAACGCCUUUAUGGUUCACUAAAGCUGGCUGUUUUUUCAAAAGUGAUUGGUGAACUCGACGGAGUUGGUCACUGUAGAUGUUAGCAGUAAUAGUCUGGCCGGAUGGUAUAAGUUCAUAGUGAACAAUUCCAUUUGCAGUCCACCAUACGCUCAAUAUUGGCAGGCGUCAAUUGAUGAGGUAUCCAUUUGCUGAGCUUGUAAACUUUCCCAAGACUAUGCAAAUGUAAACAGACAGGUUCUCCGUAAGUGAUGAAACUUUGUGCUAACAUCUGACAAGUUUGAGCGGAAUCUUCUUCAAUUGCAGCCUGUAAUUCAUCAUUAUUAAUGACAUACGGCCGCCCUUCUCGUGGCGCAUCUUUAAGCGACUCAUCGCCAUUAGAAAAUUUUCUAAACCACUUUUGGGUGGUGCGAGUGCUGACAGAACAUUGUCCGAAAGCCUGGUAUAUUUUUUGAGCCAUUUGCACAGCAUUUGUUCCAAGUUUAAACUCAUACAACAUACAUGCAUGAAUUAUAGAGUUUGGAGUACUCAUCUUCAGGUCAAUUUUUAUAAUAUUAAGAGAUAACCUUUCCGCUUCUCUUUAUAUAAGAUGAGUCAGCAUUAAAUCUUGAUUAGCAUAUUGCUGGAAUUUUAGUGCCGUGUAUUGUGUGUAACAUUCUUUAAACUUUGUAGUUUCACAAAACAACAACAGAAUUUUUUUGUUUACCUAACAGUUUUGAAUGUAAGAGAUUGAAAAAAACAAAAGACGCAGAUAAGAUAAUGAAAUAGUGACCUCAGAUUUAUUGAUAAAUAAUUUCCAAUUACCUAUGCACCAUUCUGAUUCAAAUCAAAGUUAGUUGGCUGUGGUUUUUUUUCCUUCUCUGCAUAAAGACAGGGCUUCACUGUCAUUCCUAAUGGAUUUUGUAUUGAACUAUGUCUGGAUAAUUUUCAACCCAAGUUCACUAAUUAAAAUUUAAUUACAAAAGAGAUUAUGUAGAUAAACAUAAAUUGGAUUUGUGUGCAUAUAUAAUAGCCUAUUGUGCUUGAAAAAAAAUCUCAAUUAUCUGAAGUAACGUGGAGAAAGGCUGCUUCAUAUAAUGCAAAAACACUGUAUUUAUUCAUUUAUCAAAUAAACUGGAUUUGAAAUUUUGGAUACAUUAGUAAGCACUAGUUGUAGGUUUACAUUUGCUGAUAAUGAAAUUUGUCUUCGAUCUUCAAUCUGAAUAAUAAGUCACCCAAGUAAAUUCUUAAAAUUUCUAGAGCUCCUCUCAAGUACUAGGCUAAGAUUUGUGAAGAAAAACUAUUGAUAUUUUUAUCUUUAUUGACAAAACACUCUCGAGCAUUUCACCUCAGUUAAUUGACACUAAGUCUUAUUAUAAUAAAGCAGCAUGUUUUCUACUCUAAUGAAACUAUUCAUUUUAAAGUUAGCACAGUUUAUUACAGGCCCUUUUCACCUUCAGGCCAAAAUAUACAGUCGUAACAGCUAACCCCAAAUUAGUUGAAUAAUUCAUGUAUAACAUUCACUUCAACAAUUUUUUUUUGAGUAUUCUAAUCUUUAACUUUGAUAAACCCUCAAUUUCUUAACCAACAACCAAUUUACUUUUUUCUAAAUCUCAACUCCUUUUGUAAAAUAAAAUUUCCUUUUUUUACAGACAUUGGAAAGAUUCCACACAUGUUUAGGUUUCCAUUGUUAAAAAUUUGAUGACUGAUCUAUGAGAAAAUAUUUAUUUGUAGGUAUGAAAGAUGAUAAAAAAAGAAAUCACAUGAGACAAAAAGUUACAGAAUAUAUGGACAGAGCUGAAAAGAUAAAGAAAUUAGUUCAAGAUGAAAAAGAAGCUGGAAAAUAUCAUGAACAAAUUCAGAUUGCCGAUAAUUCUAUUGGUAAUGAUUAUGAAAAGAUAUUUGGCAGAUUCCUGGAUGAAAACCUCCUUUCAGUUGAGAUAGAUGAUCCUUAUGUUAGAACAACGCAUCAGAUAUAUAACUUUUUACGAUUCUGUGAGUUACUAAUAAAAAAGAGCAAAAAUUUAAGAGAAAUCACAUUGAUGACUGGAAUAGAUGAGCAAAAUCAUUCCUCUCAAGAGCAGAAAUUUGAGAAAAUAUGUUUCAGUUUAAAAAAAUAUAACGUUACUUUAAAAGUACAUUAUUCUGGGACAUUACACGACAGAGAAAUAAGGUUUGAUAAUGGAUGGGUAAUCAAAGUAGGAAGAGGUUUGGAUUAUUUCAAGCCAACGGAAAAUAACUUUAGCAUUGGAUUCUGUGACCUCUCUCUUCGUCCCUGUCACGAAACAACAGUAGAUAUUUUUCAUAAAAAAUCAUUAAAAACUUAAUUUAUGUAAUUUAAAAGGUUCUAUCAUGUUCCAUUAUUGUAAAUACUCACAUGUAAAACAAACUGUGUACUUUUAUA